AUUCCCUGUGAGUUAAUCAAUGGCGCUCGUUCUAGGCGCUUACCCUUUCCUCGAGUAAAAGUGCAGGCGAGAGACAGCAGGCCCUCCAAAACACCAUCCCCUCCCUUUGUACCCUUCCCUUAUUAACAGGAGCUCACCCUCCCGCUGGGAGCUAGCCUCCUUCAGUGAUUAAGCUCUGUCUCUCUCUCUCUCUGGAGCUGAUUAUGCCGAGGAGGUUUCUCGCUACGAGACAGAAGGUAGUCUCUGCUGUGGAGGAUAGACUAAGAGCUGCUCUUGUGUAUGAGAUACAGCGACCAAAAUUAGAUGAUUUGAUUGGUUCGCCAGAUCAGAAACUCCAAAUUGUCAAGUCCUCCUUAAGCUCCACCUCUGCCCCACCCCCUAAACUAGUCGCUCCUUCACCCGAACUCCUCCUACCCCCAGAGGAGUUCUUCCUUGCCGAUGAAAUAUUCUCCGUAGAGAACCCUUUUGCCAAAGAAGAUACUCUGCCUGAGUCAAGAGGUGAUGUUGAUUUCACGAAAAUUGAAGAUUUCUUCAGCCUAGAGACGAAAAUAGACGCUAAAAAUGACCACACCCUCCUUAAACUAGCACUGGCAAGUCAAUCAGGCAGUUUCAUGAAUCAUCUCAUAUCUUCUUUUUCUCUUCCGACCCAAAGACUAGCUUUUAUACAGCAGCAGACUGCCCUGCCUGUCGCUAGUGGCCACAUUUCUCAACCUGUCCUUGGGGGCGUGGUCAGUGAUUCCAAAGACCUCAUAAUAUCGUGCCAGGUCUGUGGGGAGAGGUUUAGCGCUCAAAUAAAGUUCCAGACGCACAUUUUAUCACAUCCUGACCCGGAAACUAAGAAGUUUCUUUGCCAGUACUGCGGGAAGAGAUUCCAUCGUGCCGAUCAUCUUAACCGUCAUUCCGUUAUUCACGGUAACGUUGUUUAUCGCUGCCUGCUUUGUGGGGAGGAGUUUGAUCGAGCUUCUCACCUCGACCGUCACCGACGGAAGAACCACCCACCUGCUGGGCAGGCCCCCUCUCAAACUCCGCCCACCACACCACAUGGACCAUACCCACUCAACUCUCUUGGGGGUGUGUCUGAUAUUGAGAGCCCGGUACUGCUAGGGACUAACCUCCACCUCCUUGCUGCUGUGGCAACGCCUGAAGAUGCCCGAGCACUGGUAGAUCCUUCUUCAGAGGCAACUCAAUCCGAACUUGAUGCAGCUGAAGUUGUUUCUCAGAUCCUCAAGUCCGAGUCUCUCCUGAAUGAAGCCUCAAGUUCUAACAAGCCGCCACCAGAGUCCAUAGAGAGACCCUUCCAUUGUGAGGUCUGCGGACGUAAGUUCAUACGCUCCACCCACUUGAGACGACACAUGAGGAUUCAUACUGGGGAGAAACCCUUCUCUUGUCAUAUCUGUGGGCGUAAGUACGCCCGUGGGGACUACCUCCGGGCGCAUAUAAACGCUCACAGACGUGACCGAGUCCAUAAGUGCAAACACUGCAAUGAGAUAUUCCACGACUUGACACGAUUCGCUAACCACUGUAGACUGGUUCAUAAGGAUAUUGAUAAUGAGGACUACGGGUCAAUCCCUCACCAAGACCAGCCCAUUCAUGAUGACCACACGAUGGAAGACGAGUCGUUCAGGAUCUACGAAGAUAUUUCACUCUCAUCUCUCACUGCUGGGCCUGGGGGUGUGGUCAGUAAUCACCAUGACGACGGGGAGCAUUUCGUAGAGACUGUCUCCAUGGGAACUGGUGGUCUUCCACAAGACAAAGUGUCUUCCUUUACAACUCAAGACCUCUCCAACCCGUUUCAAGGGACAGAGUUUUUACAAGUGUUUGCAGCUGCUGCUUCGGCUGGGGAUGGUUCCCAUGGUAACAGAGGUGUGAAUGGGACCAUCCCGUAUCCCAUGGGAGGGGACAAGGGAGGGAGAUCCCCUCAAAUGAUGGACCCUCUCACUCGUCUCAUCAUCAACAACACCAACGACACUUUAGACGUACUCCAGGGACACAAACUACAGUGAGAGAAGGAGCAUUUAAAAGUCCUCCAUUAUUAUUAUUAUUAUUAUUAUUAAUUACUUAUUUUUUCUGCAGAGCAAGAAUGAAAUCUUUCUUCAUUUAGUUAAAAAUAAGUUUAAGAUUUUUUCCCAA